AUGGGAUCCGAACCCUUCUGUGAUAACAGCACUGAAAAAGAAGAACAAUUCAAGACUAUACCAAGUGGGAUAUGUACCGAUGGUUACUUUCAGUGUGCUAACGAUACUUUAUGUGUUCAACAAAGUCAAAAUUGCGAUGGAGUUGCUGAUUGUCCUAACGGAAGCGAUGAAGAAGAAUGCGACGAUGAGCAUGAUGAUGAAUAUUGGGAUCAUCUUUAUAGGAAAAACCCAGCUGCAGAACAUGAUGACUGGAAUGGAAACAAUUGCUCGUUCGUGUAUUUCGGCCCUUGUAACUGUCGUAAAGAAGACUUACUUUGCGAUCACCAGAAUUACGAUAAGGCGCCUAAUGAUCUUCCUAUCGGAGAUAUAAACAUAUUGGAUUUUACUGGUAAUAACUUUAAGAAUUUAUCAAGAGAUUCGCUGAAAAAUAUACCUUAUUCAGUAGAAAAGCUAAUUUUGGUGCAUUGCAACGUAAUUGAAAUCCAAGAGAAAUCGUUUUACAAACUGGAACACACCAAAAGCUUGUAUUUGGAUAACAAUCACAUCAAGAUCUUUCCAAAUAAUCUCUUUCCUCCAAGAAAUAAGUUGCACAUUUUAUCACUGAUGUACAAUGAUAUUAUGAGAAUCCAUAAAGAGGCUUUUGCAAAUUUGGAACAUCUUCUUGAGCUGGAUUUAAGAGGAAACAAGAUUUCAGAAAUUGAUUUACAAGUAUUCCAACAUUUAAACAGACUUGAAAUAUUGUACUUACAGAAUAAUCAAAUAGCGUACGUCAAAGUAGGGUCUUUUCCAAAAUUGUCGGUAUUGCAGUUAUCUUUAAUGGAAAAUAAAAUCAAGGACAUAGAACAAGGAGCGUUGUCAAAUUUAACACAAUUAAGGAGUUUAUUCCUAUCAAAUAACCGUUUAAGCGAACUGAAAAAUGGAACUUUUACAAACUUAACGGAACUAGAAGCACUAACCCUCAACAAUAAUUUCAUUAGAACAGUGGAAAAAGGAGUGUUUGUAGAUAUUCCGAAACUACAAUCUCUACGUUUAGAAGGUAACCAAUUUAGAUGUUUGGACAAAAUAAUUUUAGAAAAAUGCCAUCAUUUACAAACCAUAUAUUUUGAUCGUUUUGAGAUGUGUUCAUCCGCGCAACACGUCAGAAAUUGUUACCCCAAAGGUGAUGGUAUCUCCAAUCAAGAACACAUGUUGGCAAACCCACUUCUACGAACUUGUGUUUGGUUAAUGGGAGCUAUAGGAUGCACUGGUAAUCUCAUUGUUCUGCUCUGUCGACGAUUUGCACCAACAACUAACGUAAUUCAUUCCCUCUACAUCAGAAAUCUGGCUCUUUCUGAUUUAUUGAUGGGAAUCUACUUGUUUAUAAUAGCUUCUGAAGAUCAACAUUAUCGGGGUGUUUAUCUUAGUUACCAGUACAUUUGGAGGCAUAGUUAUAUGUGUAAACUUUGUGGUUUCCUCAGCACAUUAUCAUGCGAGUCAUCAGUUUUGAUUCUGACGUUGGUCACUUGGGACAGAUUUGUAUCAGUGACACAACCGUUGCUAAGGAAACAACAUUCGAAAAGAAUGGCAAUUAUAACUCUUUUCACGCUAUGGAGCUUUGCUAUGAUCGUCGCGUUCGCCCCGCUUAGCGGUUUUAUGAACGGAUACUUUGGUGAUGAAUUUUAUGGAAAUAACGGAGUUUGUUUGUCCUUACACAUCCACGAACCUUAUGCAAUGGGAUGGCAAUACUCCGCAGUGAUGUUUAUUCUACUGAACACUUUGGCAUUAAUAUUUAUUUGCUACGCUUAUCUUCGAAUGAUUAAUGAAAUCAAAUCUAGCGGUGUAGCUUGUAGAUCGACGAGACAAAGUCAGGACACCGAUAAAGUCGCUCAACGAUUUGGUAUCAUUGUUUUUACAGAUUGCUUAUGUUGGGUUCCCGUUGUGUUGGUGAAAUUAGUCGCCUUAUCAGGGAUAUCCAUACCUCAAGAUUUAUAUGCUUGGUUGGCCAUCUUCGUACUUCCGAUCAAUUCAGCAUUGAAUCCAGUUCUUUAUACUUUAACCACUAGUAUAUUUAAGAAACAAAUACGAAAAAUGUUAAAUUCUUGUUGUCGAAGAAAAUCUGAUAACCACGCAUCAGAAUCUGGUUUGAGUCUCACCUUCGGAGUGUUUCCAAUACCGACAAAACAUUUUAGUUACCGGGGUACUCACAGCAGUAGCUUAACGGGAAGUAAAACCAGCUGGAGGAGAUCAACACCCGUAUGAUAGAUUGUUUUCGAUCUACAUAAACAAUAAUCAAAAAACAACUAAUCCAAAAAGUAUGAAUGCAAACCAAAUUGACCUCGUGAAACAAUCAAAAUUCCUUGAAUAUCUACCGUAUAUUCCACAAUGAGAAUAACCUAGUGCUCAAUAAGUUUUAGAAAAUAUUGACAUUUUCCAAAGUUUUCACUUAGUUAAGUUAUUCUUCUUCUACUCCGGUAACAUGUCUUUGCGAACAUCAAACGUUAGUAGAUGGCGUGUUUAGUUUUUUAUGUGUUUAUAGUGAUUUUGGUAGAAUUUUCUCUAUUUUUAUAACUCCCGUUAUCUCCUAAACGUGUUUGUGUGGUUAGAACAAAAUGUUUAAGAAUCGGUCUAACAAAGACGAAAAUUGAAAUAACCAUUUUCACACAUCAUGGAAUAUGUUGGGAGUCAGAAGCAGACCAUUAAAAGAAGGUGAAUCGGUUUCUAAAGUGGAACAUAUAGUAUUAUGGGGCCUAGAAGGAACAAAUUCAAAAAUCAUUGAAAAUUUGCGUCAACAGAUGUCAGGUCUAACUCCCAGCCUCAUGAGAUAACAAUUAAUCUGAAUGACGUAGUUAAAGAUUGGAAAUUAAUUGGUUCAUGUAAGUACCGGAAGAAAAGACUUGAAUACCUACACAAAACUACCAAAAAGGUACAUAAGAGUUUUAUUGGCCACUAGAAUAAGAUUUUAACGACUAGUACACUUGUAAACACUACAACUUUUACCACGUGUUUAUAGUUUUCGAAGGAUGUGUGAUUGUAUAAUAUAAUAAUACUUUUUGUUUACAAAACAAAAAAAUUAGUUUGAAACAAAAUUAACAGAUGUCGCCCACUUAGUAAUUUUCGCAAACAGUUGCGUUCGACAAUGUUCGCGGAACAGAUCGAGUAGAGAACGAUUUGGAUUACAUUGUCAUAGGUUGUACAGAUUGAUUAUGGUAAUUGCCGAACAGUAAACGCUUAGACAAGGAAAUACUCUUUGUCUAAUAGUAAAAAAUAACCCAAAAUAAUUUAAAUCAGCUGGUCAUAACUUUAGGACAUAAAGUACUACAGAACAGUGAAUAGGGAAGUAUGGGAUUUGACGAAAGUACACAUAUUGACAUUUUAAAUACUUAUUUAUUGUAUAGAGAACCAAUUCGUACCGAAGCUGGGUAUUAAUACGUGACAUCUGGAGGUGGUUAGGUUAGGUGUACUGUCAGUUUUUAUGUAUAACGAAUAAGACUAUUUAUUUUAUACAUACAAAAACAACACACAACACAUGAGUACAAAUAACUGUCGAAUAAAAUUGCUAAUUGAUUACCAUUGAAACGUCAAACAAAACGUCAAAAGUCAAAACAAAUCUGAGAGCUACCUUUCGAGAUUCGGAGCAAAGAGAUCUUAGUCAGAGUGUUCAAAAAUUUAUACAACCGAACGCGAAAUAAGCAGUGAGAUCGAAAUAAAAUGUAUUGCCGAACGAUACCGAACAGUCAGUCAUCAGAUUUACAUACCACACAGUAUAUAUUAUAUGAUCGGGCAACUAUUAUUUUGGAAAUUUUCUAGAUGAGCGUAGAAUAUACGGUAAUAUUAGACAAAAUUAGAUUGGUCAGAAAAAGGAAGUUAUAAAAAUUGUUACAAGUUUAGUUUUGUUAACCUUGAUAUAUGUAACGUAAACUGAGAUUAAAUUUCUCGUGAAUUGCAAUAGGUGAACUCAUCAAACUCAUCAAAAUGUAGCUGUGUAAUAAAUCGAUUUAAACGGUACCGUUGGUAAAUACCAGCUUUUUUACACAAUGUCUAUAUCUAUUAAAAGUGUUCGUAUCAAUUCUGAGUUAAAACUAAAAACUAAACUGCUUUUGUAAAUAAAGCUGCGUUUUGGUGGUAGUUAUACACAUUCCUAUAAUAGAAAGUGAACUGCAAUUUUCUGUUUAAUAACGAGCUUCAAUUCUUCUUUCGGUUCUAAAUUAUUUUCGGUGUCAUGAGGUUAUUUCACAUGUGUUCCAAAGUAUACAUCGGUGGUAAUGAGGUUAUUUAUUGUAACCAUACUGUUUGUUUGUAACGUUUAUGCUUCCAACAUAAAUAUAUGUAAAGAAACUUAGAUUUCUGUCUGCUAAGCAGCAAAUUAAAUUUAAUUAAACGAAGAGAUAUUACAAAAAAAUGUCAUUUAUCUAUCGUCAUACGUCAAACUUUUCUCGACACUAGGCAAUCUAAGAAAACAGCUGAUCUACUUCAAAAUGGCGGCUGUAAGGUAAGCAAUCGAUUUUCUCGUAUGUACUUGUGUAAGAUUUGUUUCCUUUUCUCCGGUAGUAAGAUUUGUUUAUUACUUUUUUGAUUUAUAAUGUCUAGACGACUAUGCAAAUAGUGUUUAGAUUUAUUUCAGUGAAACUAAUAGAGCUGAAACUGACUAUUAAGCUUUCUAGUCAGUGUGCAAGUAAGCCACAUUUCCAGGGCACUUCUUUAAGAAGUCAUUUUUCCAUAAAACUGGGAAUAAAAAGGUCUAAAAUCCAACUUUACGUUUCCUCAAAACCUUGCCACAAAAGCAUUUAAUUACCCCACGGCGGCAAUUUUUACGAGAGCGUCAACUGAUUUUGAUAAUUCUUUAGAUUGCUCAAUUACAAUAUAACAUAGCGUCAUUACCACUAACCUGUACCAUUAUCUAUAACUAUAGUAAAGACUAUAUGGACAACGUCUGUACUAAUAUACAUUUCGUUUUUCUCAUACAGUUAAUAUUAAAGAUAGCGAGAGCAAGGUAUUGGAGUUUAUUACAGUGGGCUCGAACUGCUGAAAGAGAAAGAAAGAGCAUUGGUAGUCCACUCUCUGUACUGUAUUUAGUAACGAAAGCAAGAUUCGAUAGUUAUACAUCAUGACUCCGAACAAUAUUUAACAGUGUAAAAUAAAUUUUAUAAGUCCAUUUGUUAUUUAUAACUUGAAUAUCUGGUGGACAGCAUUUUCUGCUAUGUAUACAUCGUGUUGUACUUUUCACCUUUAUUAAUAAUUGUAUCUAUAAUUAAAUUUUGGUGUGUUUGGAAUACCAUUUGCUGGAUAUCUAUAUUGAAGGUAAAUUUUUUAUUCACAUUUAUUUAAAAUUGUUUUAGCUUAACGUGGUUUAUGAAACAAUCGCUUGUUUGACGUUAGAAAUGUUGAUCAUUUUCAACUAAAUAAUUAGUAGAAUUUUAUUUUAUUUGUAAUUUUUGUAUUGUAAUUACAAAAAACGUAUUAGGCCAUAAUGGCUAUUUGGUAAAUACUGUGUAUACAUUUUUAUUUUCAAAAUAUAGAUGUUUUUGGAAAAUGUGUUUUUUUCUAGCCGGUUAAAGUACACGGGCAAAUUACUAGUAUUAAAACUUUAUAUGGGUAUAUCUAGUUCAGUUGGAGAUCUAGUCCCACUGUUUUCUGAGUACCUAUAAACCUUAUUCACAGAAUCAAAGAUUUCCAAUAUGAUUUUGCAUCAACACUUCCUCGUGUUGUUAUUUUAACUUUAAAAUUAUAAAAGUAACCCUUAUCGGUACCAAUACCCCUUACUUAUGAAAUUCUCCUACUUCUUUCAUCUGUUUCAUAAUUAAUAAAAAAAAUCAGAGAGUUUCGAAUCAAUAGACUACAAGAGUUUGAAUAUCUAGGAGUGACAGUAACAAGUAAAGUUGAAGAAAUAUAAAUAAUUUUAUAAGAGAUUAGCAAGUGGAAAUAAAACAUUUGGAGCCCUAGGAAAUCUUUUAAAGUGCAAAAACAUCUCAAGGGCAGUGCAAGAUUAAUAAAGAAGAAUGCAGAUAUUGAAAGGAUUCAAAGAACAUAUGCUUCAUAUACAGACCUCCUAGUGAUACCCACUACAUACAGCUAUUCUUAAACCUCACAUCAGCUGGUUGAAAUUUUUUUUACAGAACUGGCUAUGCAGGGCAGGAAGCUAAAGAUUUUACCCACAGUCAUGGAAUUACCCAACUUAUCAAUGAACCAACCAGAAUUUCUACCACUCAGAAUAUCAUUGGGGCCGGAUUUAGAAUUUUUGGCGCCUCUAAGCCCAAUAAUUUUUUCGCCCCUUAGUCUAAUUAAAGUAACUUUCUUAAACACCUUUCUCAAAAAUUAUAUCGCUUAUAUGUUAAUCGCUUGAUUUUUUGAGGAAUUUACUUGGUCUUGGGCUUAAAAAAAUGUGGUCUCUUAAACACUUUUAGUCAUUUUAUGUAUUAAAUAGUGACCUAACGUUCAUGGGACUGAAACAAAUCGAUCCAACCUGCAGAGCAUUCCCGCAAAAAAGCACGGUUUCAAAUUUCAGACCCACAAACAUGAGCUAAAUAUAGUAUGUGAUCUUAAAUCAAGGCUAUUUAUUUUGAUUUAAAAAUAACAGUAAUGUGUGAAC